AUGGGUUUCCUAGGCGUCUACUCGGCUGUGUAUGAUUACCAGCCUCAGGGCGAAGGUGAACUGGAGAUCCGCGAGGGCGAUCUACUCUACAUCCUAGAGAAAAAUCCCGAAGAUGAUUGGUGGAAGGCCAAAAAGAAGGCAGAGCCAGAUGACGAGGAUGAGCCCGAAGGUUUAGUUCCGAACAACUACGUCGAAGAGGCGCAACCGAUCCACAAUGCCAAGGCUCUUUACGACUAUACUCGACAAACAGACGAGGAGGUUUCGUUCUCGGAAGACGCUGAACUGGUGGUGUAUGACACGUCGGAUCCGGACUGGACCUUGGUUGGGACGGACGGGGACUGCGGAUUUGCACCUUCAAAUUACAUCGAAAUCCUCGAGGAUAUUGCGCCCACUGCCCAGGCCGCAACUCCCCCUCCUGCCCCAGUCGCCGAGCCUGAAUAUGAGCCUGAAGCUCCAUCUCUCCCGCAACGAUCGACGCGGGCUGCCCCGGAAGAACAUGACGCGCCACCUUCGGCAUCCCAUAUCGAUACGAUGCAGAACCCCGCCGCAGCCGCGAUUGCGGAUAUUAUUCACAAGCAGCAUGCACCCGCUAGCGCACAUGUGGAGCCCACCAGAGAUGAGCCUCCGCCUCCUCAGCUACCUACUCGACCUUCCUAUGAUGACGGCGAAGAAGAAGCCCCUGCGCCUGCUCUGCCGCGUAGACCGCCGUCGGACCAAUUGGAGAACUGGGCCACUCCACCUCUACAAUCCCGCUCACCUGACCCUGCGCCAGCAGCGGCUCCUGCGAUAGGUCGUCAUGGAACCCAUGUCAAAGCAUCUCCUCCCUUUAACCGGGCUGGCGAGAUGACACCUCGGUCCCCCUCGGGCUACCAUAUGUACAAUAUCAAUGAAAUGGUUGAGGUGAUGGGCAAGCGAAAGAAGAUGCCCACAACAUUGGGUAUCAACAUGGUGACUGGAAUCAUCUUCAUCUCUCCCGAGGGCGAUGAUCGCCAGCAAGAAUGGACCGCAGAAAAGCUCAGUCACUACUCGAUUGAAGGCAAACAUGUCUUCGUUGACCUUGUUCGGCCUAGCAAGAGCGUGGACUUUCACGCCGGAGCCAAGGAUACUGCCCAGGAGAUUGUAGCCGCACUUGGCGAAAUCGCUGGAGCCUACCGGGCUGAAGGGCUACGAGAGGUCCUUGCGGCAAGCGAGGGCGGUGGUAGCCAGAAGAAGGGCCAGAUUUUGUAUGACUUCAUGGCCCAGGGCGAUGAUGAAGUGACGGUGGCCGUGGGCGAUGAAGUCGUCGUUAUCGAUGAUACCAAGUCGGAAGAAUGGUGGAUGGUGCGGCGAAUGAAGAAUGGCAAAGAAGGCGUGGUCCCCAGCAGUUACGUUGAAGUGACUGGGUUUGUGAGCACUCUGCCUACUGGAGUGGACUCUGGUCUAUCGACAGUGGAAAAGAACCGCUUGGAGGAGGCCAGACUAGCCAAGGCAGCCCUUGGAAAGCCGAGGACGGACUCCAUGGAUUCCUCAGAACGUCACUCGAAGCGCGAGAGCAAGUCGAAGUCCAAGCCUGAACCGAGCAAGGUGAGGAAAUGGACGGACCGGUCAAAGGCGUUUACGGUCGAGGCACAGUUUAUUGGCCUACAGGAUGGGAAGAUUCACCUCCACAAGACCAACGGAAUCAAGAUCGCGGUUCCUGUGUCCAAGAUGUCCGUUGAAGAUUUGGAGUACGUGGAGAAGAUUGCCGGUGUCUCCCUGGACGAGGACAAGCCCCUUUCGAGUAUUCGGGCUCGUGCUUCUUCCGACGCCAAACGCGGCUCAGCGGGUGCUUCUGUGCAGCGUCCUGAGUACGAUUGGUUCGAUUUCUUCCUGAAGGCAGGCGUCGGACCCCACCAGUGUGAGCGUUAUGCGCAGAACUUUCUUAAGGAUUCUAUGGAUGAGUCCGUCUUGCCUGAUAUUUCUCCCGAGACCCUUCGCACUCUGGGCUUGAAGGAGGGCGAUAUUCUACGUGUCAUGCGGCACCUGGAUUCCACUCUUGGCCGCACCGGUGCCAAAUCCAAACUUCGGAAUGUGAGCUUUGGCGGAGAGGAAGUCAUCGAGGAAGGCCAAGGCGGGCUCUUUGCCGGGCCUGGUGGCACGCUUCGCAACAACACUCGGAAGGGUAGACCAGCACCCGCCGUACAGGCUGGUGAUGUCGUUGAUCCGAAGGCAUUUGAACAGGCCGAUGAGUCUCAGGCAAAGGAAGAGCGAGCCACUAGUCCUGCAGCGCCAGCAGCACCCGAGAAGCCUGUCGCGCGUGGAUUUGACGAUGAUGCUUGGGAGGUGAAGCAACCGAGGCAGACUACGACUCCCGCGCCGGCCAAUUCUACUCCGUCCGGCACUGCAUCGCCGCCAGCUCCUGUCCAGAAGCAGGUCACUGGCGCAAUGGCUGACUUGUCAUUGCUCCAAGCUCCGCUGCAGCCCGUCCCUGCGCAGCCUACUGCCACACAGCCAGUUUCUACGCUUCCCGCUCUUCAACCACAGCAGACUGCCGUGCAGACUCCGCCGGUGCAGCAGCCCCAGCAGACUGGUGCUACACCUAGCUUCUUUGCCCAGGUGGCACAACAGCAACCUCAGGGCUUCAGUCCUCAACAGACUGGUUUCCAACAGUCACAAGCCAGACAGCGCCCUCAGCCGCCGCAAAACUUGAACCAGAACUCGCUUCUUCCCCCUCCUCCGCAGCGCCCACUGUCAGCGCCGCAGAACUUCUCACAGCAGCAGAACUCCUUUGGUCCUCCUCCGUUGCAGCCUCAAUUGACUGGAGUCCCUCAGGCAGGGCCACCAAUUGCUCCCCAGGGUUACAGUUUGACCGAAUUGAAUCAGCAGCGCCUUCAGCACCAAAUGCAGCCGCAAGCCACGGGAUUCAUGGGGCAGACACAGCCCCAGAACGGGUUGAUGCCCCAGCCUACUGGCUUCAUUCCACAGUCGCAAUUUGGUAUCCAGCAACAGCAACAACCCCCCUUCGCCAAUGGCCAGCCAGGACCAAAUCAAUUCCAGGGCAUGGCGCCGCAGCAAACCGGGUUUGGCGGGUUCGCUCAGCCCCAGCAGCCGAUGCAGACCGGUAUCAACUCCAUGCUUCCUCCAGCUUUGCAGCCUCAGCCGACUGGCAUCAACGGCUUUGGCAACGCAAACUACAGUGCAUCACCGCCUCCUAUGCCACCGAUCCCACAGCAACCCACAGCCACGCCUCUGUCGCCUCAGAAGACUGGACCUCCUCCGUCCGUAAGAUUUGGUGUCAAGCCAGAUGCGCCCAAGCCGCUUGCUCCACAGCCAACGGGAAUGAGGGCCAACCUUUCACAAGCUACGCCUACAAACCCUUUCGGCUUCUAA